AACCAUCGCUGUCAACUUUCAUCACUAUAAGGAAGUGUUACCCACUCAUUACCUACUUACCUAUAAUAUACUUAGUCUGUGUUUCAAGAUUUCGUACUUGCGAGUUCAAGUUGAAAAAAAAAAAUAUGUUGAUUUUAUUCGCGUUAUUUUUGGUAUCAGUGGUACAAGUACAAUGUGUACCGAAGCAUUAUUUCCAUUUGGGUGCUCAUCUUGAAAAUCCGAUUAGCUCUUUCCAGGAACUUAUAAAUCUUAAGGGAGGAUAUAAUGCUGGUUUUCAAGCUGAUGGGUAUCGUCCAAGAUUUCGACGGUGUGCUGAUCAUCACGUAGACGUUCCUUUUAUUAUUUCUGAAGGUUUCUCUGAGAAAUCUCGUGAAACGAUCCUGAAAUCCGUAGAGCAUUUUAGUAAAGAGACCUGUCUGAAAUUACGGGAACAUAAGGAAGAGGAAGAGGACGAGGACACAACUGGGUUCUAUGAUGGCGUCGUUUUUGUUCCUUUAGUUAACAAUGCUUCUUGUGAAUCUUUUCAUUACACAUAUGUUAACGCAACGGAACGUUUAUCGUUGCUCGGCAUUUACUUGAAUGAACCAUUUUGUUUCAAUGGAACUGGACGGAUCAACCGUGCGUUGUAUCUUUCUCUGGGAUUCAUCAGUGAAACCUUAAGACCGGAUAGAGAUGACUACGUAACUGUUUUAUGGGAUAAUAUUAAACCAGAUUGGAAAUUCAAAUUUCAAACAAGAGAAAGCGUCGCAUUUAUACCGGUACUUCCCUACGAUUACCUCAGCGUCUCUCACUAUUACCCCAACGAGUUUGCGGAAGAGGGGAAAUUGUCGUUAAUUUCGAAGACUGAAAAUCACCCUUUGCAAUGGAAUACUGAACUUAGUGCUUUAGAUAAGUACAGAAUUAAUUCGGUGCUGUGUGGUAAACGGAUGCGCGAUCAAAGUGACGAAUCAUCUUCAACAGACGUUGAUGACGAUGAUUAUGAAUAUUAAUCAAACUAAUUAAAUAUCUAUAUUAAAAGGAAAAAGUUUUUUUUUUUUAAAUUUUUCAUUCGAUUAUUUUUGAAUGUCUCGAAAAUAUUUACCUAAUGUAGCCUAACACAUUUGUUAACAUUUAGGUACCUAAGUGAGGUUAUAUUCGAUUAAAAAAUGAUUAAAUUAUUUUGUUGUACCUAUUCAUUUUCAAUCAACUCCACUUCAUUAAUUACAAUUUGUUAUUUUCCAAAUGCAACAGUUUCAUUGUUUCAAAAUUGUAAUAAAAAAGAUGAUACCCAUU